UAGAAGUAAAUUUAUAAAAUUUAAAUAUAAAAUUCCCCAUAUAAACUUCCAAUUUAUAUGCAUAUACAUAUAUAUAAUGCCGUAUAUAACCGAAGUAAGGUCAACGACCAAAUUAAAUAUGGGAACAACCCAACGCCAUAUUUACGGCCCGGUUAGAAAAAAAGCAAUAGAAUGAAAUAAAAUAUUGGAAGGACUAUAAAAUGAAAUAUCUUGGAACAACAGGAAGUAAUAAAAUGAGACUAAUCGAUCAGCUAAGGGAACUAAUCGGUUAUCUGUUGAUAGUCAUUUCCCACCUUCGCAGUCGGAAUGAACCAUUCCAAGAUCCGGGUUUGUAGUGCACCACGAUCGAUUCCUACACCAACGUGAGAAAAGUGAUGUAGCCUCUGCCUGGAUAUGGAGUUUAUCUCACAAGAUGCUCAAUUGAAUAAAGAAGAAGGUAAAAUGCCCGAAGAGCAACACUUAAAAUCAUUAUUGAAGAAAGUCCACAAUCGUCAAUCCAUAAGACACCGUAGGGUGACGUUUGACGAUUUAGUGACUUACUACACGGACGACGAGGUACAUGUUCUGUCUUUACGUACACCCGAAGUCAACGAUGUGUUUUGUAUGUUCGAACCACCACCCGAAUAUCAGGAUCAUUUGCCUUUCGAGCCACCCGAAGGGUAUAAGGAUUCGGAGGACGUAUCGGGAGACGACACGGAUAACGAGAGAGAAGCCCCAGAUUGGGAGGAACAGAUGACCAGUUUCGUGGAGGAAGAAGGAGACGAUGACGGUAAAGACAUAAAAUUAGACGAUAUUAAAAUCGAAAACGAAAUAAGGACCGAUUUCGGUUGUACCGAAGAAAACGUUAGCACGGACGACGAAAUCGUCGAAGCUUCCGAUAGUUACGAUUUAGAAUUAGGACUGUUAAAACAAUUAGAAGAAGAUUCGUUAGAUUCGGAAUUAAUAUAUUCGGAGUUGCCAAACGCGUUAGAAUCGAACGAUGUGCCAAACACGCCCGAAUCGAAGGAGGAGACGGUUAGGUCUGUGGAGACGGACGAAAUCGUCACAAGUGAAGCAGAAGUCGAUAGCGAAGACGAGGAUUUAAAAAGUGCCAAAGGUGUUAUUAGAACCAAUUCCCAAAUACGUAGAAUAAUGGAGAAGAAUGCCGUUACCUGUACUCUCCUCAAGGGGAUCGAAGCUAAAAAGAGACAGGUGAAGAGACCCAAAUCGCCUUUACUAUCGACUCAGUCGCUGGUGGAACAAUUGAAGUGGUUAACGAGCGUGGACGACGAUCGCGAGAAACCAUCCGAUUACGAAACCGCAAACACCGAUACAAGAAUCCAGAGGACGGUCAAACUGACGACGGUCAUGCCAAAAUUAAAGGAUUUAGCCCGGAUCCAGCCAUUAACCAAGAGGAACGCAUUUCGUGCACACUUCGAACAGAGUCUGAAACAUCACGCGACGUACGGAAGCGUCAAGUACGAAGCUAACCAGAGCAUUAGGGUAAUUCCCGGAGGAAACGAGAAAGAACAGAGGAUCGAAAUUAAAUUGAGACAAAUCAAAACUAGAUCUCAGAGUCCUCGAUGUGCCUCCGACGAACUCGAAAGAUUCGUGCAACAAGAUUUAGAAAGAAUCGAAAGAAUACGCAAGAGGUACAGCGUAGCCGAAGAAGACGACGAUCCCACUUUCGGAUUCGCCAGAAGGCCCUCCGUCAGAGGUAUAAGGCCUAGGUUCGGUUCCACCACAGAAAUACUCAAACAGAUCCAAACGCAGCUUCAGUCUCCUCCCUUACAACACAACAGGCCCAGUGACAGACACAUGAUAUGGACAUACGCCAACAAAAGAGAGUUGCACCAUAUGACCAUACCUGCCAACCAGAUAGUGUCGACCGACAAGAAGUUCAUCAAGGACAAGAGAUAUUACUCGCAUUCGGAAAACGUCAGUUCGUGGUACGAAAAAGAGAGAAAAUUAUCCAAUCCCUUUUACUUAUUGGAUCAAACCAAUCAAUCAACGUGCCAAGACGAAAGGGGAACCCCCGAAGGCGCCAGUUCUUCACCAAAAGUAUCAUUCGAUUCUUUAUAUCCAGUAGAAGACGGAGAACAAGUUAAAAAAGACGGAGUUAUUUAUUAUUCGCUUAACGUUUGACAAAGGUGAUCAUUAGGAAAAUACAACGAAAAAAAAAAGAACACAAGACAUGUACAGAUAUAUUAAACAGUAUUGUAAACGUUUUAGAAGAGAUUUUAGUUUUCUGUAAGAGUAUUUGUCUAUUUUAGAUCCGUUUCUUGAGGAAGAGGAGACCAAAAAAUCGUCUAAAAAAUACCAAAAAAAAAAAAAAAAA